AGUGUUAAGGGAAGGGCUAAGAAGGGUAUAAAGAACCCACCACCACAUACUGGGAAAAAAAGAGUGAGUGAUCCUUUUUCUGUCUUCAGCUGAAGUUGCAUCAAUUUAAGAACCAUCAGCAUGAGCCGAAGCCCAGAGAGGAUGUCUUCUUAUCGCCGCCGUUUCGAGGGCACAGAUGUAUCGACUUUUUCAUGCCAUCUCCGUGCGUCAAGUCCAUCCCCCACCCGAAGAGAGACCCGACACCGCUCAGCCAGCUUCACCCGUGGUGGUGGGUGGAAGAUGAUGGGGCAAAGGGCCCUCACCACCAAGUCUUGCCUGAGCAGCAGUGUAAGUAUGGGAGCGCUGUGCUUGGGUGUGUCCACGGGAAUUGGGGCAAAUUUGGACCUGGAUGUGGCUGCAGCAGAGAACCAGGCCUUUAAGUUGACUCGCACCAAUGAAAGGCAGGAGAUGGUUGUUCUCAAUGAUCGCCUGGCAGUGUAUAUUGAAAAGGUGCGAACACUGGAAUCAAAAAACAAGCUGCUGGAGGCUGAGAUCGAAGCUUUAAAAGACUCCUAUGACAGAACAUCAGGUCUCAGGCAGCUAUAUGCAUCUCAGCUAAAGGAACUCAAAAGGGAUUCAGAGCAAAUGAGAGAGCAGAGGGAUUUGUCAUUGGCAGCCAAGGAGGUGAUUGUGGGCCAACUGGACAUGCUAAAGGUCAAAUAUGAUGAAGCACUGGAGGCCAGAAAGCAGACGGAGCUUGACAUUGAGGCUCUACGUCCAGAUGUGGACAAAGCAACUUCAGGCCGAAUUAAACUGGAGAAGCAGCUAGAAAACCUGGAGGUUGAACAAACCUUCCUGCAGAGAGUUCACAAGGAGGAAAUCGAGGAGCUGAUGCAGCAGAUCUAUUUGGCAGCCUCCAAGACAGACUUGACCUUUGGCCUCCCAGAUCUCUCCUCUGCUCUCACACAGAUUCAGUCUCAGUAUGACAGCAUUGCUGCUAAAAAUCUACAGGAAAUGGAUGAUUGGUACAGAACAAAGUUCCAGGACCUAAAUGAUGCCUCCACCAAACAUGUGCAAAGUGUUCGAAGUAUGAGAGAGGAAAUCGCUCGUUACAGGAAGGACAUCCUGAACAAGGAACGUGACUUAGAGUCGCUAAAGACAAGAAAUGAGUAUCUGGAGGCCUACAUCCAUGAUGUAGCAGAGAAAUACAAGAUGGAGGAGGAAGACUUACAGGAGCAUUCAGAAGCACUUAACGUGGAUCUGAAGCUGACCAAGGAGAAGACGGCUCUGCUGAUGCGGGAAUAUCAGGAACUUCUGAAUGCUAAGAUGGCUCUGGAGAUAGAAAUCACCACCUACAGGAAACUGAUAGAGGGGGAAGACAGCCGUCUAAGCUCCAUGGUUAGAAACCUAUCGCUGACUGGUGGCCCUCACCUCCCUUCUUGUGAGUUUGCCAGCUCACUCUCAGCCUCUGAUAGCUCUGGGACUUUGGAGCUUGAUAAAGGCCCUAGUGAGACAGAUGAAAAUAUGACUAAGAAGGUUCCAGCUGCUGGCUCAUUGGAGGUGGUUUCACUGGAAACCUAUACUGAUGGUAACUCGGAGCAGCAAGCAUCUGAGAUGUCUGAGAGGAAGACUGUUCUCGUCAGAACAGUUAAGACAGAUGAGGACACUUAUGUGAGCAACACACAGCAGUGCACCAUCACCAUCUCUGGAGCAGCUGAAGAAACAGAUGAAGAGUAAAACAUCCCUGAAUCGCAUGCUGUGCUCCAAAGUUUCAUGUCUUAUCAGUCAAGUCCUGA